UAACACUGACUCCUACAGUCAACUACUAUAGUAAGUGUGUGUUGUGUGUGAGAGAGAAAAAAUUGGUAGCGUGGGGGGUGGAUGUCUUAAAUUGAGGUUGCAGAGGGGUGGUUGCAGUGGCCGAUGGCGGCGUUUGCAGGGCUGUGACUUUAAUGCAUCCACAACACAACAAUUCAACUCAUCACCAUCAAGACUCAGAGAGAAAGAGAUAGAGAGAUAGAGAGAGAGAGAGAGAGAGAAAGGGAAACCCAACGAACUCCUUUCCAUCUCUCCAUUCUGGAACCUGAAUAAUUCCGAAGUUUUGAUAGUGAAAGAAGCUGCGAGCAGAGAACAACACUUCAAGAAUCACAAGCACACACACACACACACAGAGUAGUAAGUACUUCAGCCAGCACAAGGAACUCUCCAGUCUCUUCCCACGUACGAAAUACACAUAUAUGUACAUCUAUUUCAUAUAAGUAUGAUUAAUGUUUACUGUAUAUAGUGGUAAAUUAAAACUAGCUAGCUAGUCCCAUAAAUCGACAUAUUGCAAAUUUACAAAAUAACCCACACACACACACUAACACACACAGUGGCUCGGAUCUUCCUAGGAAACGCUACUACAUGAUAAUUACCCUUCCUCUACCCGGACCCCUCUUGCCCGAAUAAGUCCUUUUUUUGUGUUUGCUAUGGAUUUGCUCUCAAAAUUGAGGUUGAACUUAGCUUGUAGUAGGGUUGGAAAAUGUCCGAGUUUUUCUCACUAGGUGGUGGUAAAGAACAAGACCAAGAUCAGCAAACAGACAACAAUAAUAGCUUGUUCCUGUUCAAGAACGAGGAGAUCUAUAACAAGGGUUUUGAACUAUGGCAGCAGUACAAUCAAUUGCACCAACAAAGGCUUGUCUCUCAGCAGCAGCAGCAGCAUCACAGUAUCCAAGAUGUUCACUUUUCCAUCGGCCCGAGUAAUAUUGGUGAUGAGCCUUCCGAUUAUAGCUACGGAUCAGCAGCAGGUUUUAGGGUGAUGAAUCAAGGUAGGGGUAAGAACGACGCCGGGGUGAACUGUCAAGAUUGUGGCAACCAAGCUAAGAAAGAUUGCGUGCACAUGAGAUGCAGGACUUGCUGUAAGAGCCGAGGGUUUCCGUGCCAAACCCACGUGAAGAGCACCUGGGUUCCGGCGGCUAAACGCCGCGAGAAGCAGCAGCAGCAGCCGGGUUCUAAUUUGCAGCAAGAUCAACAGCAGUUGACCGUCGGAGGGGAAAACCCUAAACGGCUGAGAGAAAAUUAUCCAGGUGGAGGGUUUCGUGAGUUGGGACGACAUCUCCCACCAGAAGUGAAUUCUCCAGCCUUAUUCCGCUGCGUGAAGGUCAGUGCAACAGACGACGCCGAGGAGCAUUUUGCUUAUCAGACGGCUGUCAACAUUGGUGGGCAUGUUUUCAAGGGAAUUCUCUACGAUCAAGGCCCUGAAAGCCAGUACAGUGGUGGUGGGGGAGAGAGCUCCUCCGCCUGCGCAGGAUCAUCACAACAGUCGCAUGAUCUCAUCACCGCCACUACCAACCAGAACGUCACGAUGCUUGACCCUUCAAUUUAUCCCCCUCAUCUCAGCGGUUUCAUGGCGGGUACGCAAUUCUUCCCACCACCAAGGCCUUAAGAAGUAGAAAUUUGGUAGCUACUGAUCUUUUGAAAAGGGUCGUCUACGUUAAUAGAUUUCUUUCCUUCUAUUCUAGCUAACUUGAGAUUGACAUAAUUUGUUAUUAUUGGUGAUAUCUAAGCCUAUUCUAAGCAACCAAUGAAGAAAAAAGGUGGACCAAUUCAAGAAGGGUGCAUGUAAGA